AUGUCGUCCCGUACUCAUUACUUCCAAUCUCAACACCAGACUCAAAGUCAAUCGCCAUCGCAACCGCUUCCUCACCAGCAUCUGCGACCUUUUCGCCAGUCACACACCAUCGACUUCGCUUCUAAUUCCAACGUCUCGCCCGCCCUAGUCAACCGCUUUCCCUCGACAACAUCAUCAUCCGCCUCAUCGGGCUACUCUCACGGUUCAGACCACAGCUUCAACAGCCAAUAUACCUCUGCCUCUAGUUCGGCUGGCUACGGCGCAACGGUGCAUGGCCACAAGCGAGCCCAGAGCGAUGUCAGAGCAAGAGCCAAGACCUUUGAGACCGGGGAAAAUAUGACCUCAAAGAAAGCUCCAGACAAUAUUUACAACUCAGCUCGACACUCUCUUCGCCCACUCCCACAAGCUCCCGCAGGCACCCGGCCCGACACACCACCAAACGCUCGUCAUGAUCGCACUAAAAGUGUCGACAUUGGCAAGCUGUCAAUAUCCCAUAUGGGUCAAAUCUCGCCGACAAAAGGAUCUCCGACCAAGACCUCGCCAUUGAAAACUUCAUCACCUUCUCGCCCUCUACCGAUGAGGCCAAACUCCAUGCUCCUUACCCGAUCCGACUCGUUUCUCCCCCAAGAAAACACACUAUCUCCUUUAUCACCUCACCAUGUGCAUAGCACGCACAUCGCUCGAGAUGAGCUAGAAGGCUUGGGGAAAUCCUCAACAAGUCAAUUGAGGACACUUUCGCGUCUUGUUUCGUCUGAUUCUCCCGAAGACUUCACCAUCACUUCACCUACGCAGGAAGUUGUUGGGUUGCGCGGUCGGCGCAGAUUACAACGAGGAGACAGAAGCAACACUGGCCCAAGCCAAAAGAAUACUGGCUACAGCUGGGAAGGUCGCAAUUGGAUGGACAAGCAGCGCCAAUUCCUUCAAGCUUAUGAGUACCUUUGUCAUAUUGGUGAAGCCAAGGAAUGGAUAGAAGAUGUCAUCCAUAAGAACAUACCGCCUAUCGUUCAACUCGAAGAAGCGCUUCGCGACGGAGUCACACUUGCCGAAGUAGUGGAAUCCCUUAAUCCCGACAGGCGAUACCGAAUCUUCCAACAUCCCAAACUCCAAUACAGACACUCUGACAACAUCGCCAUCUUCUUCCGUUACUUGGAUGAAGUAGAACUGCCCGACCUCUUUCGCUUUGAGCUGAUCGACCUAUACGAGAAAAAAAACAUUCCCAAAGUCAUCUACUGCAUUCACGCUCUAAGUUGGCUUCUUUUCCGCAAGGGAAUAGUCGACUUCCGUAUAGGCAACCUUGUUGGUCAGCUCGAGUUCGAGCAUCAUGAACUGGAAGCUAUGCAAAAGGGUCUCGAUAAACUCGGCGUGACAAUGCCUAGCUUCGGGAACAUGAGCGCCGACUUUGGUGUCCCUGAACCGGAGCCCGAGCCAGAGGAGACGGAAGACGAAAGGAUAGCUAGGGAGUUAAAAGAGAAUGAGGAGUCUAUCGUCGACAUGCAGGCGCAAAUUCGAGGGGCUCUACUUCGGGUUAAGCUUGGCGACACGAUGCAGCAGCUCUGGGACUCGGAGGAGUGGUUGAUCGAUCUGCAGUCUCGCAUUCGAGGUGACUUUACUCGACAGAUCAUGGAUUACCGACUACAAAUGAAGCGCUUUGCUAUUCAGCUGCAGAGCUCAGCACGCGGAUUCUUGGUUCGAAGAAGAUUCAAUCGUCGCGAACAGAUCUUGGAGGCGCUCGAGCCUGAUAUUCUGGAGUUGCAGACCAUGAUUAGGGCCAACAAGGUCCGAAACCAGGUACGAGACACGUCUGCUCAGCUUGCGAAGUGUAGAGGACCCAUCCGAGAGAUCCAGGCAAUCUCCAGGGGCUUUUUGGCCCGCAAGAGUCAUGUUGCGCAAUAUGAAGAGACGAAGGAGUCGUCUGGUAUGGUCGAGAAAUUGCAGGCGGCAGUGCGCGGAGCAUUGCUGCGAGGCAAAGUCGGCCAGGACCUUGAAGAUCUAGAAAUGCAAACCCCAGCGAUUGUUGACCUUCAGGCAGCGGCAAGGGCAUUGCUGACUAGAAAUCAGGUCGACCGCGAGCUCCACCAUCUGAAGUCCUCUGGACCUAAGUGGGAGAAGCUACAGGCUUUUGCUCGUGGUUUCCGCGCUCGAGAGGACGACAAGGCUCUAAGAUCUGAGCUUAAGAAGCAUAUUCCUGAUAUCGAACAGCUCCAGGCUCUUGCUCGUGGACUUGCUGUUCGUCAGAACGAUCAAGCACUGCGAGCCGAACUCAACGAGCACGCUCCUGCUGUGGAGCGACUCCAAGCUUUCGCCCGUGGUCUCCGCGCCCGUCAGGAGGACAAGGCCUUGAGAUCGGAGCUUGACAAGCACACCACCAAUGUAGAGCAACUGCAGUCCUUCGUUCGCGCCGCCGCUGUGAGGAGAGAUGUGGCUGAUACUCUCGAUGCGCUCAAGGAGAAUGAACCCGCAGUCAUUGAUCUCCAAGCUCUUAUCAGAGCUAUGCUUGAACGACAGCGAGUUGCAGUUAUCCUAGAGCAACUUGAAGAGCAGGUGCCUGAAGUCACCACUCUCCAAAGUCACAUCCGAGGAUUCCUGUACCGCAAGCAGCACGAAGCUUUCCUUGAGGAGCUCGACUCUCAUACUCCCCAAAUCGUGGAUCUUCAAAGCAUCCUCCGGGCCAUGAUGGAACGUGCCAGAGUUGAGGAUAUCAUGGCUGAGCUAGAACAAGAGGAGGAAAGCAUCAUCGCUUUCCAAGCUGCAGCCAAUGGCUUUAUGGUUAGGGCCCGGUUUGAGGAGAAGAAGCGCUUCUACAACGAGAACAUGCAAAAGGUCAUCAAGAUCCAGAGUUUCGUUCGCGCCAAGGUUCAGGGAGAGGCCUACAAGAGCUUGACCACCGGAAAGAACCCUCCUGUGAAUGCUGUCAAGAACUUUGUCCACCUUCUGAACGAUAGCGACUUUGACUUCAACGAGGAAAUCGAGUUUGAGCGUAUCCGCAAGACCGUUGUCCAGCAGGUCCGACAAAACGAGAUGCUUGAGAACUAUAUUGAUCAACUCGACAUCAAGAUUGCUCUUUUGGUCAAGAACAAGAUCACCCUGGAUGAAGUCGUCAGACAUCAACACAAUUAUGGAGGUAACUCCAUGCACUUCAUCGCCAACAGCUCCAUGUCCUCGGCCAACCAGUUCGACCUCAAGGCGCUCAACAAGAGCUCCCGCAAGAAGCUUGAAUCUUACCAGCAGCUCUUCUUCAACUUGCAGACGCAGCCACAAUAUCUUGCCCGGCUCUUCAAGCGCAUCCGUGAGCAAGGGACUGCUGAGAAGGAGUGCAAGCGUAUCGAGCUAUUGAUGAUGGGCCUCUUCGGUUAUGCUCAAAAGCGACGAGAGGAGUACUAUUUGCUCAAGUUGAUCUCCCGAUCCGUUCGAGAAGAGAUCUCCUGUGCACGAGAUGUUCAAGACUUCAUCCGUGGAAACUUCUUCUGGUCCAAGCUACUCAACAACUACACUCGCUCGCCCAGAGACCGCAAGUAUCUCCGAGAUCUCCUUGGCCCUCUGAUCCGCGACAACAUUGUCGAGGACCCCGCUCUCGAUCUCGAGAGUGACCCCAUGCAGAUCUACCGAUCAGCCAUCAACAACACUGAGCUGGCUACUGGUCGACCCGACCAAAGGCCACUUGAUGUCCCUCGUGAGGUUGCUAUUCGCGAUCCCGAGACCCGGCAGCUGUUCAUCGAUCAUUUGCGUGACCUUCGAGAUAUCUGCGAUCAGUUCUUCUUGGCUCUAGAAGACUUCUUACAUAAGAUGCCAUAUGGUCUCCGAUUUGUAUGCAACCAGAUUUUCGAGAACCUUCGACAACAGUUCAAGCGAGAGCCUCCGGAGAAUCUGCUGCAAGUAGUUGCCAACUGGCUUUGGCGAUUCUAUUUGCAACCAGCUGUUAUUGCUCCUGAGAACGUUGGUGUAAUUGAGAAGUCUCUCAGCCCCCUGCAAAAGCGAAACCUCAGUGAAGUUGCCAAGGUCAUCAGCCAGAUUGCUACUGGUCGGCCAUUCGGUGGCGACAACGUGUACUUGCAGCCUCUGAAUGCCUUUGUUGCCGAGUCUGUCGAGCGUCUCCUUCAGAUCACUAGCGACGUGAUUGCGGUGCCAGAUGCCGAAAGAACAUUCGACAUUGACGAGUUCAACGACCUUUACGCCAAGAACAAGCCGACUUUGUACAUCAAGAUGACAGAUGUCUUCUCCAUUCACAACUUGGUAGCCGCCGAGCUUCAAACAAUGUGCCCAAGCCGUGACGAUAUCCUACGGGAAAUCAUGCACGAGCUUGGAAGCGCUAAGAGCAACGAGAACGAGAUGAAUGCUGCCGGCUCUUCAGAUAUUCACAUGUUCUUAACACCCAAGCUCCACGAGACUGACGACCCCGAGGCCGAUGUCAAGGCACUCUUCAUGGAGACAAAGCGAUGUGUGCUGUACAUUAUUCGUGUGCAGACAGGUACCAAUCUCCUCGAAAUCCUCGUUAAGCCUAUCAGCCCAGAGGAUGACCACAAGUGGCGCAUGCUUCUCCAUGAUGAGUUCUCUGUUGGAAGCAACACUCGCGGUGCUUACUCUGAUUCUAACAUGAUCGACGUGACACGAAUGUCGUACCAGGAACUCAAGCGCACAGCUCUGGAGAACAUCAUGCGUCUCGAGAAGCUGGGCCGUAUCACCAAGCACAACUACUACCAGGAUGUGCUUAAUGCUAUUGCUCUUGAUAUCCGUACCAAGAGCCGCAGAAGGGUUCAGCGACAGCGCGAGUUGGAAGGUGUCCGUCUGACACUGAACAACUUGCACGAGAAGGCCAAGUAUCUCGAGCAACAGCGCAAGAGUUACGACGACUACAUCGAGUCAGCGAUGGCGACCCUGCAGAACAAGAAGGGUCGCAAGAGGUUUUUGUUGCCUUUCACCAAGCAAUACAACCACCAACGUGAAUUGGAGCGAAGCGGCCGUGUUCCCAAGUUCGGCAGCUACAAGUACAGCGCUCGUGCUCUCUCAGAAAAGGGUGUGUUAGUCUCUUGGAGUGGCAUUACCGACUUUGAGAAGAUCAACUUGACACUCUCAUGUGACGAAGUGGGCGUCUUCAGUCUUGAGGGUUCUCGAGGACACAUCCAGAUCCCUGGAGCCAGUGCCUUGAUGCCUAUUGAGGACCUCCUGCAGGCACAGUUCGAGGCUCACCAAUUCAUGACUUUGUUCGAGGGUAGCCUCAAGCUCAACGUUAAUCUGUUGCUGCAUCUUCUCUACAAGAAGUUCUACCGAACUCAAUAA